GGGCGUGUGCCCUCCUCGCUUCCGUGCGGGCCAGAGGAGUUGCGACACCGUUCAAGUUGCAGCACGAGAGGAGCAAGUCUGGAAUGAAACAAAAAAAGGACUAAAUACUUUCAAUGGUGCAGCAGCAGGCCAGCAAAAAGACCGUGGCCGCCCUCCUCCGCCCUUGCUGAUCCCUCCCCCCCGUCGCAAAGAUGCAGCCGGGCGACCCCCCUCCGCCUCCCCCUCCUUUACUGCCGCCCCCUCCGCCGCCGCCCCCCCUCGCCUUGGGUUCGAAGGCCCUGCGCCGGCGCUCCAGGAUGCGCAACUUCAACUGGGAGACCAUCCCCAAGCACAGCGUGAUGGGGAAGCACAACAUCUGGACGGAGGACCAGGCGGACGGCGACUACCAGCUGGACACGCAGCACAUGGAGGAGCUGUUCAGUCACAAGCAGGCCCAGCAGCGCCACGCCAACCACCGCCACAGCGUCAAGGGCGCCCCCGCUGCUGUCCCCGGGGGAGAACUGGUGUCCAUCCUGGGCUCCAAGAGGAGCAUGAACAUCGGCAUUUUCCUCAAGCAGUUUAGGCGGCCUGUGGCGGACAUGAUUGAUGACAUCAGAGCAGGAAGUGGACUGGCGUUCGGCUGCGGGAAACUGCGAGAGUUAUUGAAACUGCUGCCGGAGGAGGAAGAGGUCAAACAGCUGCUGGACUUCAAGGGCGACCAAUCAGCUCUCCCUGAUGCUGACCUCUUCAUGCUGAUGCUGGUCCAGAUCCCCAGUUAUGAGGAACGUGUCAGCAGCUUGGUGCUCAAAGAAGAGUUCUUGCCCUUCAUGACUGAAAUGAGAGGAUUCAUUGACACCUUGAAAGCUGCUGGGAAUGAGUUGUUGGAGUGUGACAGUCUGCACUCGGUCAUCCGUCUGGUUCUGAAGAUGGGGAACUACAUGAAUGCGGGAGGAUACGCCGGCAGCGCGGUGGGCUUCCGGAUGGCCUCGCUGCUCAAGUUGGUGGACACCAAAGCCAACAAGCCCGGCAUGAACCUGAUGCACUACGUGGUGAUGCAAGCCCAGAACGUAGACACGGAUCUGCUGAACUUUCCUGACCAACUCCAGCACAUGAGAGCCGCUGCAAGAAUCAACAAAAGCGAGAUUGAAGCCGAGUUUGGCAGGCGAGUGAAAAAAGUGCGAGAAGCCCAAGCCAACACUUUGAAGCAGGACGACCUGAAGGCCCAGAUGGAGGACUUCCUCAAGGACGCUGAGGCCUGCUUGGCCCAGGUGGAGCUGGACCUCCAGGAGCUUCAGUCCAGCAGCGACUCUGUGGCCCAGUACUUCUGUGAGGACCCUGACAAGUUCCGACUGGAGGAAUGUUGUUCCGUUUUUGACUCCUUCUGCGAGAAGUUUCUACGAGCCAUGCAGGAGAACAAGGCCCGGGAGGUGGCGGAGGUGAAGCGCCGGCACAAAAACCGUCUGCUAAGCACCGCCAAGCGCAGGUCCACGGCCACCUGCUCCACCAGGGACAAGGAGAUGGACGGAAUCGCCUUGGAGUCCGUCCUGCAGAACUUCCUGACCAGCAGGAUCCCCAGGAGGCGAUCGGUGCGGCCCUCGUCCACCUACGACAGCCCGGCCGGCGGGAGCCCCCAGACCGGCAGCCUGUCCGAGAUCCCGCCCAAGGAAAACCUGCUGGCGCUGAGAAGAACGGAGUCCUUGAAGGCGGGCGGCACGGCCAAGAAGGAGUGGAACUCGGCAGCUGAACUCACAGGAAGAUCCGACAAAGAAGCCGAAGACGGCGGCUCGGACACCGAGGCGGAUGUCGGGUCGGGGAUGGACGGAGAAGAAGAGAAGAAGACCGGCAGAGGGUCCUCGUCCGCUCCAUGCUUCUCCGCCGACUUGGAUGAGGAAGACCUCCAGGACAACAACGAGGAAGAGGCCCAGAAGCUGCGGGAAGCGUCCCGGAAAGUUCUAUGGUACCAGAGCAGCCGAGGCAGCGUCUCCUCCGGCGAGUUCAACCCCGACAACCCGAGCUCUCCGCGGACGGCGGCGGCGGCGGCAACGACGGCGGCGCCUCGACGCCUCCCGUUAGACAUGGAAAGCGACAGGUACCCCGGAGACCCGACCGAUGAGGACCUGGUCCGCUUCCUGUUCAACUCCCCGCCCUCCUCCAAGCGGAACAUGGCCCGGCGGCACACGCUACCUAUCAAAGUGAAAAAGGAGGAGGAGGACGAGGUGUGGGAUCCCACCCCGGACGCCCAAGAGGAGGAGGAGGAGGCUGGACGCGUGCAAGACUUGACGGAGGCGCUACCUCAACAGCUUUUUCCCGGCCAAGACCAGGAACACGUCCAGGACCAGCAGAACGGUGGACACGUUCCGCCCAGAUCCUCAUGGAACAAAUCCGAAUCAUCUGGAGUAUUUUUUGGCUUCUUAAAGCGACUCGGCGAUAUCGGAAGACUACAGGCGGGCAAGGAGAGCAGCCAGAAGGGUUUUGGUACUGAUGUGUAGGAACAGUGGUUCUCAAACCUUUUUUAUUUUAUUUUUUUUAACCAAGUACCACCUCAGAAAACACUUGGCUCUCCAAGUGCCACCAUAAUGACCAACAUUAAAAUGCAGUAGCGUGGUAGGCCUAAGUAUUCAUCAAAAACAACGCAGAGGUUUUUCGGACUAUAGAGCGCACCGGUAUAUAAGCCACACCCACCACAUGUUUCCGUAUAUUAGUCGCACCGGACCAUAAGCCGCAGAUAUACUGUAUACGUUAUUUACACAGAAAUAUUUAUUUACACACCUUAAUUGUUUCCGAAAGCUGUCUGUUACGCGGCAGUAAAACGGAUGAUCAAACAAAACAGAAGUCAUGGUCAUGGACCCGCUAGCUGCGCGAGCUAGCUCUCCAAUCAGCUAAACAGACUCAACAACUCCACCGUGACGUUUUGGUGAAUUUAUGAAAGUGAAACAAUACAAUAAGAAUGCCAUUGUAAGUUAAUCAUACUAACGCAGACGGUCAGGUCCAAACACUGAUGACAUCUAUUAAACAAGACAAGGAGCAAAUAAUUAAACAGAGACAGAAUUAAAUUUGGCUCAAUUUGAGGAGAGAUGCCUGGACACUGUACACUUGCACAGUGUCUCAGCAUGCUCUGGCGAAAGAUUGUACGCCACCUCUUUUCAUUUGGACUUUCCCUGAUUACAUGGCAACAGCUGUGUCUAAGGGACGUGGGUCGUAAACAGCGUUGCCUUUGGUUACAGAACAGUUCAAAAGAAAAGGUCGUAAACAGUUCACAGAAAAGGUCGUAAAACAGUUCAAAGAAGCGGUGCCUGGAGGGGGAGUCUGGUCCUGCUUCCUCUUCGCUACUGUAGUUCUUGGGUCAAGACAACAUCUUUCUGUUGAUUACAAUACAUGAAAGAACCAGAACACCUUCAUGUUCCCCCCCCCCCCACACACACACAGUGGAGUUUUACAAGCCUUCUUCUUGGUAGGUUCAAAGACAUGUUUUUGUCUUCUUGCCGGGGAACUCAAUGUAACACAAAAGUUUUUGUGAUAACUUAGAUCCAAUUAUUCUAACACAGACACUCGUUAAACGUGUUAGCAUAUUAGCUAAUGCUAAAGACGCAAGCUUGAGUACAUCACGAUAGCACGUACAAACACGCACAGACAUCACACAUGGGACACUUUAGUAAGUAAGAAUUGUUUUAGUUAUAUUGUAAAACUUACAAACAUGACGAAGGAAGAACCCAUACAGGUAGAAACGCUAUGGACGGUUUUACUUCCGGUUUAAGGCAUUUACUCAGGAAGUACAGUUUCAACACGCAGUGAGCAUACUCGUCCAAAAGAAUGGUUUUAGUUACAUUGUAAAACUUACAAACGUUGCUUGGAGUGAUGGAUGGAGAAUCCAUACGAGUAGGAACGCUAUGGACGGCUAGAAGACAGGGCGGCACCUCUACUUCCGGUUAAAAAGGACUAACUCGACAAACACUGCAGCGAGCGAACUCGUCCAAAAGAUGGCACUCAGGGACACCGUACACUAUCAAAACGAUCAAAUCAAAUUGAAUAAAAACAACAAGAAAGAUAGAGAACAAAAGAUGAUUACAAUCAGGCCUGGCCCUAACCAAUCUGGCGCCCUAGGCAAGAUUUUAGGUGGCGCCCCCCCACAUCGGCAGUGAAGUGUAUAUACUCACAAGAAACCGAAUAGCUUUGUCUUUGACCUUUUUUUUUACUUAAGAAAGCAAAUUAACAUAUUAUAUGAGAAUGUUAUGUUAUGAUUAUCUUUAACCGAAUCACAGCAGUGCUCAAAUUAAAAAACAGCAUUCCCUCUCAUGUGAUAUUGCUUAAUUAACAUUAAUGAUGUGCACUUUAACAACCAGGCUUACAACAAUACCUAAUAUAUAAAGGGGUGGAAAAGUGACUAUUACCUGCAGGGCAAACAUUAGCUAACCAGAAGGCAAUAACAAUGUCAACAAAAAACACCUGCUUAAAAGAUUUAAUACAAAUGUCCCUGAGGAAUGUAAGGUGGGAGUACUGUAAUUACCUAACGUUACAUUAUUAUUUUCCAUAACAAUUUAGCCCCAUCCACAAUAUUAACCCGACGUCAAAACAGAACUAGCUAUUGAUUAGCAAUUGCCGAAUCAUGUAACAUUAGCUUAAUGCUAAAAAGCCAGGUUACUAUCACAUUCUGUAACAGACAAAUAAUUUCAUGUAGGCUAACGUUACCUACCUGCUACCUCUGUCUUUUUCUCGUUUCUCCUCUUCUUUUCUCUUUUUUCUUCCCUGGGCACCUGACAGUUUUGGCCGUUUUGACAUCUUGUGUUGAUUUUUUGAUGUGGUAAGAGUCAUGAUACGGGAAGGGAGGGGGCGCACCGGGGGGAGGGGGGCGUAAUGUUGUAACAAAUAAUAUUUCUAUUAAAUAGGCUUUACUUUGCAUUUUAAUUAACGUGGGAUUAUUUUUUGUAUUUAGAAAUAAUAGUACCAGCUUUUUUUUUUUUUUUCUCUCCAACAUUUGUGGCACUGGCUUGGCGCUGUCACGCCAAUUUUCUUCCCAUUACAAAAACCUUCCUACCCCCCAUUUACUUCCGGGGUCAUUUCCGCUU